GCUGAGCUUGCUGAUUUCUUAAAUCGGUGUGCUUAAUCAAAGGCAGAGAAAUCCGACGCUGCGGUAGAGGUUCUGCUUCCGAGCUUUUUACUCCGGCCCUGUGCAUCCCAUCCCGGGCCCCCUCCGUUCUAACGUGUUCCUGAAUAUUCCUUCUGGUUCCAGCCCGCUCCGGCCAUGACAGCUCAUUCCUUCGCUGUCCCGGUGAUUAUCUUCACCACCUUCUGGGGCCUUAUCGGGAUUGCAGGGCCUUGGUUCGUGCCCAAGGGGCCCAAUCGCGGGGUAAUCAUCACCAUGUUGGUCACCACUGCUGUCUGCUGUUACUUGUUCUGGCUGAUUGCCAUCUUGGCCCAGCUGAAUCCUCUGUUUGGGCCCCAGAUGAAGAAUGAGACCAUCUGGUAUGUCCGAUUCCUGUGGGAGUGACCGGCUGCCAUCAUCUGUCCCAGCUUCUCCAGCCUUCUUGCUCUUCUACUGAUUUCAGGCCCAGUCAACCCUGAUGGUCCUCUCACUUCUCCAUCCCUGUGUUCUUGGUAUUAUUCUAUUGUCUCUCAAUUUGGUCACUUUUAGACCCAGAUCUUACCAUUGGAUUUGAGCAGGAACCCAGCCCAAUUCUAAGAAAUAGCCUCUUCCCUGGGAGAUCUGGGGCCCAAGGGAGAGAGACUUGUAAUCAGGCCAGAGUGAAAGGAUUCUCAGUUUUUAGCACCCCCUCCCUCCUUUUCUCCAGGUCCACUUAAUUCCCUGCCAAAUAUGUGAUUUUUCUUUCUACAAAUGUGACUAAGUGUAGAGAUCUUCCCGCACUCUGAAGUCAGAUUUGAACACAGGAAGAUGAAGGAUAGGUCUCUGUUGAGUGUGUCCAAUAUUCCUAGGAUCUGGGAUUGAGUUUUUGGAUAGGAGGUAAUAUAAUAUAGAGCAGGGCUUCUUAAACUUUUCCUGCUCACAACCCUCUUUAGCCUGAGAAAUGUUUUUGCAACCUCCAGUAUAUAGGUAUGAAAAACAGGUAUACAAAUCAAACAUUUACUGAUAAUAAAUCAUAAUUUUAUGGCCAUCACAUUCAGUUUUGAGACCUCAUAUGCAGUCAUGAGUCACAGUUUAAGAAGCUUUGGUUUAGAAGAUACUUUGGAUCAUGAAUCUUGAGACCUGCAAUCUUCCUGGACAAGUCAUAACCUCUCCUGGCCUUGUAAGGGAGUUGUAUUGAAGUUCUUUCCAGCUCUUAACAUUUGAUUUUCCCUUUAUAAUUCUGCAAUAUACUUUGAUAUAAAAUUUAUGGACAUUGUGAGCCAUGGGGGAGGGGAGAGGAAUCUUUCUUUUCUUUCUUGGAAAAACAUAGAAUUGGAGUAAAAACUAAAAGUAUAUGAAAUAAUUGUUAAAUGUUCUUUUUAGAGCUAAAGAACAAGUAUAUUUAUUGUGUGUAACUUGGUCUGCUUAUCCAUUGAACUUGCUCAUUUUAUAUAAAGAAUGAAAGAAAACCAGAACAUUUUUCAUAUUGAAGAUAAAAAAAUAACAUUAAUAACAAAACAAAUGAAAUUCCCUCAAAAAAUUUUAAGUCCUUAGUCAUUGAGUUCUUGAAUAUAUUCAACUCUUUCAAUUAGGUCAGAUAGAUGCUAGAUACCUCCUUGAUCUGUUACCACAAUUCCUUUGAGGGGGGUGCCAAACCCUAACAUUGGCACUAGGGAACCUGUGGAAGAUGUGAUCUCGGGUUUUCUGCUACUCCACAAACUAGUUGGAAAUACAAGAUGGAAAAAGGGAAAGAUUUGAGAAUGUUCCCAUAACAAUAUGUAAAUAAUUGAUUGCAUGGUAUAGUAGAAAGGGGCAGCUAGAGGGUGAAACAGAAAAAGUGCCAGGCCUGGAGUUAGGAAGACUCAUCUUCCUGAGUUCAAAUCUAACCUAGGACAUUUACUAGCUGUUUGACCCUUGGGGAAGGCACUUAACUGUAUUUGCUUCCAUUUCCUCACCUGUAAAAAGAGCUGGAGAAGGAAAUGGCAAAUUACUCUCCUAUUUUUGACAAGAAAAGCCCAAGUUCAUUCAUGAAGGAUCAGACAUGACUGAACAAUAACAGCAAAAAGAGAGAGUACUGAAUUUAGAAUCAGAGAUCUGGCUGCCUUUGAAGCCAAAUUUUGGCUGUGCUGGUGACCCUUUAUGGGCACCAUGGGCAAGUCACUUCACCUUUCUGAAUUGUAGUAUCUUCUUUUCUAACAUGAGGGCAAUGGAGCUCUACGAAUCUUUGCCUUCUCUGAAUCUUUGAUUCUAUAAAUUGAGUGCUAAUGGGAUAUACAGAUGUAAUGGAAUGCCUGGAGCUGACAUUGAGUAACCUAGGUGCUCCUUUUCCUCUCUCUUACCUGAUAAUCUUGUUGGAACUCUUGGGUCAUAUCCCUGUGAAAGCACACACACCCCUCCAGGCAAAGGGAAGUUCUUUUUCUUUGCCCAAGUACUUUCUGCUUUCUGUGGAUGGUCACUGUGUCAUAUUCUGAGCAAUAGUUAUCUAGGGCAGUAUCAAGCUUCCCAGAGGAUUAAUUAGUGUUAGAGAUUUGUAUUGUAAGGAUUAUAGAACUGACAGGGCAUCCCUUAGCCACUCUCUAGGCCCACUUCCUCAUUUGAAAAUAAGGAAGCAAACCAAGAGAGGUUAGGAUUGUCCAAAGACUAAAAUCCAGUAUAUAGCAGUUCUGAGACUAGGACCCAGAGCACUCAGCAACCCAGGUUGGUGUUUUUUCUCCUAACCAAACUCACUCUUAAAGAAGUAUGGUUCUCUUAUUUGUUUGUUAAUUAAUUUAUUUAUUUGACAUUAAUUAUUUACCACUUAUAAACACUUAUGAGAUAUGUAAAAAGAACUAUUCUUUUACACAUUUUCUGGUUCUGGUUGACCAGCUUCUCCCACCUUCUCCUUCUCCUCCCUCACCCCCAUACACAUCUACAAACCAGGAAUAUCUGUCUGUUCUCAGAUUCCCUGGGUUUGUGUUUAUCCCAAUUGCAUUCAAUUCCCCUUUUGUUUAAUGAUCUAGGAUUGGUGAACAAACCAAGGUGUUUGAUGGUGGUUUCCUAACCUCUGCUUGCUCUUCUGGCUCCUGCUCACUCCCCAAAUUUUUGGUAUGGGCUGAGAAGGGAAACAGCUUAGGAGCUGGACCUGAGGUUUCACACUAUAGCCCUGGGGUAGAGGGGAGGUAAGGAAUUAUUUUCCUACAGCUCCUGAAAAUCACUUUGUGACAAGGAAACUUGUUAUCCCUCAUAACUUCAGCUCCCUAGAAAUCAGUGACAUCUAUGUGCUACACUUGAGAAUGGAUGAGUUGACCUUGUCCCAGCAGCAGCUGGUUGACAGCAGUUUUCUAGUGGCUGCACAUCUGGUCCUAAGGAAAAAAAACAUGACUCUCCUCUCCUGGCAGACCCAAUUCUCCCUUCUCCUCUCCAGCUUCAAGCAGAGAUCAGGAGCAGAGAGAGCUAGAAGGGUGUGUUUAGACAGAACUUUGAUCAUCUCUGCCCCUCCUUGGCUCUCUUGUAUGUGGUAGAGAUCAGUGAUUCUUAGUACAAUGGAUAAUAUGAAUGUUCAAUAAAUCUGGGCACAAAUCA